AACUUUUGGGAGGCGGAGGGUGGCCGGUGUUUCCCGACAUGAGUCGAGUGGCUCCGAGCGUGAUCAGACAUGUUCCGAACAUCUUCCAAAUGUUGAGCCCGAGUCGUGAAGUGCUGCUCUUGAGGGGGGCGAGGUUGAAAGAGAGGGAGACGACGAGGGAGAGCACAGGCAACAUUCACAGAGAUUUUCUCCUCUGAAAGCAUCCUGACAUCUGCACGCACUGCAUCCAGCUCCAGCCGGACAAUUAAAGGUACAAAAGAGUCAGCCAGGAUGGUGACAGUCAGUGUCAUCACACUCAGUUUUCUGCUCACCUUAGCUCUUUCUGCACCUGUGAACGUUGUUGAAGACAUGACCUUGUACCACGGGGCGAAUUUCGAAAUCUUUUUGCCCUCACGUGAUUCAGAAGUCAUGUUUCACAACAGUUCUGAUCCGCGGUCGGCUGAUGUGGCGCUGCUGCAGGGCGGCAUUGUGGCCAACAGGCGGGCCAACCUCAGCCGCAACAGCAACCACCUCAUAAUAUUUGCUGUGGGUGAGGGAGACGAGGGUGUGUACACAGUGAAGAGUCCAGCGAAACCAGGGGAUGUCAAGCGCAUUUCGCUUAUAGUCCGAGAUUGCUCCAAUGAGGCGAUCAUUAAAUACGGAGACAAUUACUCUAUUCCACUGUUGGGAGCGACUCCACCCAUUACCCUGGAAUACAGAAACAGCUCUGUGGAGGCAAAGCUGACUUCUAGACCAGCUGUGGUGCUGCUGACCAGUACAGGAGUAUCCACGGAGGGCUACAAGGGCCGCAUCAGCACCAGUGAGAAGCAUGUCACCCUCAGUGCUGUCACAGGUGCAGACGAGGGUAGCUACACUGUUAGGGAUGCUGAAGGUUUUAUCAAAAACAAGCUUUGCCUCAACGUCAAAGGGCACCGAAACUUUGUGAACCUGCCGUAUGGUAAAAAACUGAAGAUCAGCCUGAUACUCAACAGCUCCUCGGUCCAUCUCUACUAUACCCCAGACUAUGACGGCAAAACCCGCCUGUUGCUGGAUAACGGAGAAUUUACAAGUGCUAAAGACGAGCUGGGUCUCAAGGAUCGUCUCUUUAUAGAAGGUUCAUUGGUUUUUCUGGAUCAGGUCAAAAUUGCAGAUGGAGGCCAAUUCCUAAUUACAGACAUGCGGGGAUUCAACGUGUCCAUCAUCAACCUGGAAGUGCAACCCUACAAGCUGGAGUCACUGUAUGUGGCAAUCAUUGCCCUGUUGGGCCUGCUGGCUUUCCUUCUGCUGCUUUGCCUGCUGUCAUGCCUGAUCAAAGUGAAGAAGAGGGCCAAGAGGGCUGCCGCCCUGGAGAAACUUGCUAAGAAUGCUGGCAGUGAGGAUGAUGGAGAGGCCUUCAGACAGGUGGUGAAGAACAUCACCAAACUCAGUGAGGAAUCCAAGCAUUCCCAGGGUGACAAUACAGAAAAAUCUCAGAGCACUGAGGUGGACAUUAAAGGCCUAGAGAUUUCUUCGAAAGAAGUUGGGGUCAGUAACCUAGAGACCAGUGACUCUGGCGUUGGCUUUAAUACUGCCCUCCCACUGGACACUGACACUGAUGCCCCUGAUCAAAUCCCUGACUCUGAGUCUGCAAGCAUUUCUGUUGCUCCUGAAACUAAACCAAGUCCACCAUCUGCUGCUGAGUCCAAGCCAAGUCCUCCACCAGCUGUGGAUAUUAAGCACAGUCCAGUAGCUGAAUCUAAAGCCAGCCCAGCCCCUGAGACCAAGAAAAUCCCUGAUCAGCCUGUGGAAGUGAAGUUGGAUGCACCCAAACCAGAUGCUGUUAAGCUUAGCCCAGCUGAUCCAAAGCCUGUAACCAGCACAAGCCCAGAGUCUAAACCAGCUGCUCCCAAACCCACCAUCCCAACACCUGAAAGUAAGAGUGCCCUAACACCCACACCUGAGACCCCAGAACUGACCAAAUCAGAACCUAUUACCAAUGGUACACCUGAGCCAGGCACGGAUUCCAAUCUAAACCCAGAUCAUGCUGCAAUUAUCGGAGGCCCAGCUCCAAAAGCAGCCCCCCCUAAAACCCCUGAAGUAGAGCUGAAAUCUAGUGGUGCCGUACUAGAGGCCACCAAAGAUGGCACUGUGGCUGAGGAUUCAGCUACCGCUACCUGAGAACAGCCACUGUAAAAACACAAGGGAAGCCCUGCAGAUCCUGUCCAUCUACCAUUACUGUAGACAAUCGAACACCCCCUACCAAAAAAUGAAGAAACCACUGAAACUGGGGCAGACUUUGGUUUAAUAUGUCUAAUGCCUAAACAUAGUAUUACCUUAAUAAUGGUCUGUAAUUAACACAUAACCUUUGAGACUUUUUGAUUCAGCAACACUUCACAUAACAAAUGCAACUUCUCCAUUGUUAAUCAUUGUAGUUGUAUACACGUUGCGGACUCUAUUUUUUGGGGGGUAACUUCAUGGUAAAACUGCCAGACUGCAAAUGAAAUCCUUUGCAGAGUUUACAACUAAAAUGUUAACUGCACAUAAGGUCUUUUCUAACAUAAUGCAAUCGCCAGAAAGGUUUACAAGAUUUCAUUAAAACAAGAACACGCUAGAAUUUCUUAUUUGACAUUGAUUAACUGCAUCUAAAUGGGAAAUAAUGUAUCAUUUUUCAUUUAGAUGCUUGUUCCUCUAUCAGCAUGUAGAUGAAACAAACCAAAAGCAUCACAUUUUCAGGCACUGGCAUCUCAAACCUAUUAAAAUGUGUGAUGUUAUUUAUUUGAUUGGACAUAAUCAAAAUGGAAACAAAGGCCCUUUUGAACACACAAACCACAGUCCGCUGUUAGAAUGUUGUACAUAGCUUUAAUGUGAAUGUUUUAUGCUUGUGCUGGUCCUCUGGUUUCAGAAAACUCCCCACUGCAUAUAGAAAAAAGAACCUAACUAUACUAACACUGCUGGCUAUGGUGUCUAUAGUGAAGAUUGAGCUUCAGGCUCCCAGUGGAUAUCGCAGUUCAUUAAAUGUGUACUUUAUUUUAUUGACUUUGAUCUGGAAUUUCUGGUGGCUGUAUAAAAAUCCCAUUACUCUUACAGUUUCAUAGGAAGCUCAUGUCAGAUAAAUUUCCACUUAAUGGUACCACCAUGUUCCUGUUGUAUGCGGAGCUUUCCAGAGUUCAGAUAGUUAAGAGUGUUCUUGCCUGUAUCUUUGAAUUUUUAUCCUUCCCUAAGCCACUGACUUAGUGCAACAUUUGGUUUUUUUGAAAAUGACAGAGUAGUUCCCAUAUCUGGGAAAAGUCUAGAUAUUUAUGCCUAGCACCUUGAAUUGCUCCAAAAUAGUCCUAUGAUGCCUUUAUCAUUGCCAUGACAUUAUCUGUCCAGAGCCGUUCUAUGUGAGUUUGAAGGUAUGUGACUGUUCAGUCAACACAAAUUAAUCUUAGCUGAAACUCCUAGAUGAGGUGUGCAGAACAUUUUCAUGUGACAAAAUGCAUGUCUCUACCUCAUGUUUUAACUGACCACUAAAAAAAGCCUAGGUUUGAUGCACUAAAAUCAACAAAAUGCAUUUUGGUUUAUUAAAAGAAGCACAAUAAUCGAGCCAUGAGAUUUUAAUCAAACAAUCGGUGAAAUAUAGAAAAAAUACAAGAAGCAUCUGGUCAUUCUUUCUUUCCUGACUCGUAGAGUUUUCUUAUAAGUACAGUAAAUUAACACCAGGUGAUAUAUCAGCAUCUUAAUAAGCCAUAAGACAAGAUAGAUUUAGAUGUCAGAUUUGAUACUAAGAUCAACAGAAAAGUUAAACCUGAAAAAUAAAAAAAAGAGAACUCAAUGUGCCUCGGUGUUAAAUGAACAAGCAGCAUCAGACGUUCAGGUCACAUGUGUUAAAAAUGAUUUAAAGGCAUUAUAAUGAACACAAACACUGGAAUUGCCUCAUUUCCAGUCUGGAUCUGUGAAGGAACCACAAACCCAUUUUAUCAAUACUGAAAAUGGUCUUUAUACAGACUUAACACACACACACACACUCCAGCUUUGUAAAUAUAGCAUGUGUAUGCCGGUUUAACCUCCUUAAGACUGAAUGUUUUUAAUGUAUCAAACAGUGUAUUAUACCUAAUUUAAAAAAAAAGUUCCUCACAACCUUAAAUGCAGAAUAUAAAAUAUAUAUACAUACUACAUACUAUAUACUAUUUACACUAAUGAUCACUAACGCCUUGGACUAAUUUAAAAACCAAAUAUUGUGAAAAUCCAUCAAGACUGCAUUAGAUCUUUUUAAAGCCAUUAUCUUCCAUUCUAAUCUGAUGAUUCUCACAUCAUACAGUAUUUACAUGUUGUAUUGAAAUGUUUAACCUAUAUCACUGUAAGCACUGACUGCAGCAUGCCCCACAACAUAUCCCUAACAACAGGCUUUUAUUGUCCUUUCUCUGUAUGUGUGACCAGAGGUGUGCUGUUUUGUUGUUGCCAUCGCUGUAUGUUGGGAAUUUCUGUGUUUAAGCGUGUAAACCAAGAUACACGUAUGUGAUUUAUCAUUUAUGACUGAGUGUGUGCGCUGAAUCUAUGCAUAGCCAGUUUGUACAGAAUGAAGCUGCUGUACUUUAUGUGAGCUUCUAUAUCCGUUGUGAGUAAGAUGUUCAUGUGCCUGCUUAAAUCGUAUUGCAACAUGGGAAAAAAAGUGCUGUGUUGAAGUGUGAAUGUGUUUAAAACCACGCAAAAACAAACAAAAAAAACUAUAAAAGAUGUUGCAACUUCAAAAUAUUUGAGUGAUUCUCGUCUUUGUUUUAGUGCCUAAAGCAUAUACGAUGGAUUGUCAGCCUGUAUUCUGUCAUUAGCCGACAUUCCUAGUGGCACCUUUUUCUUAAUAAGUAUGAUAUUCUCAGAUGUAGAACACUGUCUGCACACCCAACUGAGUGAAGUGAUACCACAGACUGGCCUAUAAUAUGUUAAUCUGUAUACAAUAUGUAACGUAUUAUACAAAAGUCAUGUAAGUGAUGAUGAAAAUCUGACUUUAAAGUUUUGCAUGAGGAAUGCUGAGUGUGCUUUAUUUGUGAGGGUGUUAAGUUCUUGAUAGCAGCAAAUGAAUGACAAAGCUUUGUGUGUGGGUAGCCCUCGGUGUUAUGUUGUGGUUAGCAACUGAUGAGAGGCUGCUAUAACAGCACUUUUGUACACCAUCACUACUGUGUAUUGUCAGUGAUUGUAAGCUGCUCAGAGUAAGUAGGGAUGUGAAAGAGGCAGAUACUGUGGUAGUGCGUAGGGCGAGCCUUUGGUUUACACAGUACUAGCAUCUCAAAUAAGGCUCAGUCUGGUGAGACUGAAGCAAUCACGUGUAACCGUUUCCAAAGGGAUUCUAGUAUCAUAUCGCCCUUGAUUGAACUAAUUGAAGCCACAACUGUUAAUACACCUCUGACACGUUUUGCACUCUAUGAGUUGUCUCUGCCCUGAUCCUCUCUGUUUACUUCUGCUGUUCUGGCCUGAUCGUGAUGUCACAUGGCACAUGUUCUCUCCGUCCUCCCUUUUUGCACAGCACUUCACACAGAUGUUUUGUAAAGAAAGGAUUUUCCCUUUAUUUCAUGUUUAAAUGAAUACUAAGAAUAAACAAAAGAUUAUGACA